UAUAUAAUUUCCCGCGAACUGGAAUCUUUUCGUCUUGAAACGCAGCCCGACUUUUCAAACUCUUGUUAAGGUCUGUUCUCAUUCCAAUCCCAGCGCAUUAGUAAGAAGUCCGGUCUUUUCGUCUCGAGUUCAAUUCAGACUCGGUUUUUCGCAACCGGCCCUUCACUGGCUUUGGUAUUGAGCGAAUAUGGCUUCACUAAUUGCUGUGGCUUUGGUGUAUCUUGCUGUUGGUACAUAUGCGCUACCACCUAUGAGAAAAGAGUCAUGCGCUGCGACAACGGAAUGGACGGGGUGGAAGGAUAUCAAACAUGCCUUCAUCUUUGGAGAUAGUUAUACACAGACAGGGUUCGACUACACGAAAACUCCACCAUCGCCCUCGCAUCCCUUUGGUAAUCCUGAUUAUCCUGGAUGGACGUCUUCAAAUGGGCCGAACUGGGUUGGCUUCCUUACCAUCAAAUACAAUGCUUCUCUCUUGCAGACGUAUAACCUAGCGUACGGUGGUGCUACUGUCGACUCGGAUCUCGUUAAACCGUAUCAACCGACGGUCAUAUCCGUGAAGGAGCAGGUACAAGAUCAAUUUCUUCCAGGGUACACCGGCGACUCCCCCAAAGCUCCGUCUGCUCCGAAAUGGACCGGUGCCGACUCCGUGUUUGCUUUCUGGAUUGGUAUCAAUGAUGUAGGGAACUCGUACGGAUCGGGACCCGAUUCUUCAGGGCCGCUAUAUGAUAAGAUUUUCAACGUUUACUCCGGGCUAGUGGAUCAAUUGUAUACUGCUGGAGCGAGGAACUUCGUCUUUAUUAAUGUUCCACCAGUGGAUCGAAGCCCGUUGACCGUCGGCCAAGGGAAGAGCUCUGUAGACACAGAAAAGGCUGCCAUCGCAGAUUGGAAUAAGAGGGUGGCCGACACAGCUGCUGCUCUUAAGAGUAACCACACCGAGGAAGUCAAUGUCUGGGUCUAUGACUCAAAUAAGAGCUUUGGCGAAGUUCUGGACAAGCCAAGUACAUACGAGCAAACUGCUGGACUGAAGAAUACAACCGGUUAUUGCAAUGCCUAUCAGAAUGGAACACCAGAGGAUAACACUCUCACGCCAAGUUGCGGGGUUCCGGUGAACGAAUAUUUUUGGCUCAACAACUUACAUCCGACUUAUCCUAUUCACGAUGUUGUUGCUAAACAGAUUGCGGAAGCUCUGUCCGUAGGCCCUGCCGUAUGCUAAGUGGGUCAAUCGUAUGUUAAAAAUGGCUUGAGAGGGUUCGAGGUUGAUCAUUUGUAUACGGGAGGAUCACCUCAGUACAUAAACGUAUCCAUACAGCUGUUCGCCGUGUAUAUAACUAAAUAAAAAAGGGGCU